AUGCUGGCACCACCUCCGCCUCUUCCGCGACCACUACGAGCGCGCAGUUCCCGUCGUCCACCUUCAGAGACGCCGUCUCGGUGCCCUUUCCUCUCUCCUCCUCUUCUUCUGCCAGCUCUGCCAUCAACAACAGCAACAACCCGUUCGCCCCUCUCGAGCACGGCAACGGCAUGGGACGGAAACGGCAGUACUUCGAGUUUUUCUUCGAUGCUCCGCCCAACCUCACCGUGCCCUCUGGCGGCGCGCUGCCCGCCAACGGCGGCGGCUUCCAGUUCACGCCGUCGUCGCACUCCACCUCGACGUCCAUCUCGCCCGCGGCUGCUCCCUCGUCUUCGUCUCUCGUCGGUUCAUCGUCGGCCGGCGGCGGCGCAGGCGAGAGCGACGGCGCGAUGGACUUCAGCUGCUACGAGCACCAGGUCAAGAGGUAUCGAAGGGAGGAGGAACAACAGCAACAUCAUCAACAACAGCACCAUCAGCAGCACAAUCCGCCACCGCAUCGCACGUCGGCCAACACCUCCUAAUCCCUCCGCCUCCACCCUCCUCCUUGCCUCAUCAUGUACAUAA